AUGCCCAAUUUCAAUAGAACCACUGUGGUCACACAGUUCAUCUUGGUGGGUUUCUCUAGCCUGGGGGAGCUCCAGGUGCUGCUUUUUGUCAUCUUCCUCCUCCUGUACUUGACGAUCCUGGUGGCCAAUGCUACCAUCAUGACUGUCAUCCGCCUGAGCCGGCCCCUGCACACCCCCAUGUAUGGAUUCCUCUUCAUCCUCUCCUUCUCUGAAACCUGCUACACCUUCGUCAUCAUCCCUCAGCUGCUGGUCCACCUUCUCUCAGCCACCAAGACCAUCUCUUUCACGGCCUGUGCCACACAGCUCUUUUUCUUCCUUGGCUUUGCCUGUACCAACUGCUUCCUCAUCGCCGUGAUGGGAUAUGAUCGUUAUGUGGCGAUUUGCCACCCCCUGAGGUACACGCUCAUCAUGAACAAGACGCUAGGGUUGGGGUUGGUUUUUCUAUCAGGAGUCACAGGUUUCUUUAUUGCUUUGGUGGCCACCAACCUCAUCUGUGAGAUGCCUUUUUGUGGCCCCAACAGGGUCAACCACUAUUUCUGUGACAUGGCACCUGUUAUUAAGUUGGCCUGCACAGAUACCCACAUAAAAGAACUGGCUCUAUUCAGCCUCAGCAUCCUGGUCAUCAUGGUGCCUUUUAUAUUAAUUCUCAUCUCUUAUGGCUUCAUUGUUAACACCAUUUUGAAGAUCCCCUCAGCUGAGGGCAAAAGGAAAGCCUUUGCCACCUGCGCCUCCCACCUCACUGUGGUCUUCGUCCACUAUGGUUGUGCCUCUAUCGUCUACCUUCGGCCCAAAUCCAAGUCUGCCUCAGACAAGGAUCAGUUGGUGGCAGUGACUUACACUGUUGUUACUCCCCUACUUAACCCUCUUGUAUACAGUCUGAGGAACCAGGAGGUAAAGACUGCUCUGAAAAGAGUUCUGGGGAUGCCAGUGGCAAACAAGGUGACUUAA